CAGCCGAGUCAGUCGGUGUGCAGCAGCGGUCGCGGGAGGGUGGAAGCUUGCAGUGUCUCGCUUGGCUUCCCGCAGUGUGUGCGUGUGCGGGGGGAGGGGCGGCCAGCCAGGCCCCACUGAGCGGUGCACCUCGGGCAGCAGGGGUCCCACACUCCUGCCGGUGUGCCCUUCGUUGCGGACCUGUGUGUAGGGGCGGCGUGCUCGGCCAUCCGGGAAUGACGGCAGAAAAUGAAUUGUACGCGUGGUAGUGCAACUUGAACACGCGGCAGUGGUGCGGCCAGCCUGGGCGGUGACUAAUUAUUAAGCUCGUCCUCGUGGGGGCGGCGUGGUGGCCAGCGAGGUGCUGACUGAAGGCCCACAGUGUGUGUGCGUGUGUGCGUGCGCGAGUGUGUCAUCGUGUAUUGUGCAGUGGUGUCUGGCUGAGGAGUCGACACUGCCUCCAUUGGUGCUGUUAUUCUAGUCAUUAGUGCACCGCCAUCACCACUCCUGAAGCAGGUUAUCACGCGUGGCUCGCACCCUUACCACCACCACCAUGGAUGAGUCGAUGAUGGCGGACGUGGACCCGGAGACGCUGCUGGAGUGGCUGCAGAUGGGCCAGGGCGAGGAGCGGGACAUGCAGCUCAUUGCCCUGGAGCAGUUGUGUAUGCUCCUGCUCAUGUCAGACAACGUGGACCGCUGCUUCGAAAGCUGCCCUCCAAGGACCUUCCUGCCAGCGCUAUGUCGCAUCUUUUUGGACGAGUGCGCCCCCGACAACGUGCUGGAGGUGACUGCCCGUGCCAUCACCUAUUACCUGGACGUGUCGGCGGAGUGCACGCGGCGCAUCACCACCGUGGAGGGCGCCAUCAAGGCCAUGUGCAACCGCCUGGUGGUGGCCGAUGUUACCUCCCGCACCAGCAAGGACCUGGCCGAGCAGUGCAUCAAGGUCCUGGAGCUUAUCUGCACCCGGGAGGCUGGGGCCGUGUUUGAAGCAGGAGGUCUCAAUUGUGUGUUGUCCUUCAUUAGGGACAAUGGUCACUUGGUGCACAAGGACACCCUGCAUUCUGCCAUGCAUCUUGUGUCUCGACUUUGUGGCAAGAUGGAGCCUGCUGACUCAGGUCUGGCUCCAUGUGUGGAGUCCCUUUCUACCCUGCUCAGGCACGAGGACCAGCAUGUCGCUGAUGGAGCACUGCGUUGCUUUGCCAGCCUGGCAGAUCGCUUCACUCGUAGAGCACAGGACCCAGCGCCCCUGGCCCAGCACUGCCUGGUUACCCACCUGCUGGCUCGCCUUGCAGGUGCAGCACCUCAGCCUGCUCCAGGUGCUGCUGCUGCAGCUCCAGGGGCCCCAGCAGCCACCCCAGAAAACUCUAAGCAGUCUGCCUCUGUCUCAACUGUGAUCUCUCUACUCUCCACGCUGUGCCGUGGCUCCCCAAGUAUUACCCAUAAUUUGUUGAGGUCUGAGCUGCCAGAUGCCAUAGAGAAGGCACUGCAGGGGGAUGAGCGCUGCGUGCUGGACACCAUGCGCCUUGUAGACCUGCUGCUGGUGCUGCUUUUUGAGGGACGGAAAGCUCUGCCCAAGUCAGGGAUGAGUGCUGUGGCUGGCAGACUUCCAGGGCUGAGGAGGAUGGACAGUCCAGGAGAGAAGACUCAUCGUCAACUCAUUGAUUGCAUCAGAAGUAAAGACACAGAUGCCCUCAUAGAUGCCAUUGACAGUGGGGGGAUUGAAGUCAAUUUCAUGGAUGAUGUGGGCCAGACACUCCUCAACUGGGCCUCUGCAUUUGGUACCCAGGAAAUGGUGGAGUUCCUUUGUGAAAGAGGAGCGGAUGUCAACAAAGGACAAAGAUCCUCCUCACUCCAUUAUGCUGCUUGUUUUGGCCGACCCCAAAUUGCCAAAGUUCUGCUGCGGCAUGGUGCUAACCCUGACCUGAGGGAUGAGGAUGGCAAGACUCCCUUAGACAAGGCACGGGAGAGGAAUGAUGAAGGGCACAGGGAGGUGGCAGCCAUUCUACAGAGCCCUGCUGAGUGGCUUGUUGUGUCCGAGAAUAAAGAAGGAAAGAAGACAACUGAGGAAGGCAGCACACCAAACACAGAUGAUACAGAGGUUGGGGAGCCCCGAGGAGAUGUGGAAAUGGCUCCUGUGUACUUGAGUCGCUUGCUACCAGUUUUCUGUCACACCUUCCAAGCCACCAUGGUCCACACAGUACGCAAGGCUUCCCUCAGCAUACUGCGAAAGAUGGUGCAUUACAUCCCUGCCCCACUUCUCCAUCAGGUGUGUGGUGGUGAUGAUACAGCUAUUACCACCACUACAAAUGCCACCACCACUGCCAACAAUUUGUUGGGCUCACAGCUGGUGGAAGUUAUUGCCUUAGUCCUUGGUAAUGAAGAGGAUGAAGAUGGUCAUUUAGUGGCUCUGCAGAUGGUGGAUGACCUCUUGAGUAAGGCUGCACCCUUGCUGCUGGAACACUGUGCCCGGCUGGGGGUCAUCAGCAAGGUGGGGACGUUGGCUGGUCCAUCAGACCCACCCAUAGAAGAGUACACCACUAUAAAAGGAAAAGAUGAACAGCAGGAUGGUGAUGACCCUGGUAUGGAAGAUGCAAAGGAGGUUGUCCCUGGCAAAGCCUACCACUGGCGGGACUGGUGUGUGGCACGGGGCCGAGACUGUCUGUACAUUUGGAGUGAUGCUGCUGCCCUGGAGCUGUCCAACGGGUCCAACGGCUGGUUCCGCUUCAUCCUGGACGGCAAACUAGCAACCAUGUAUUCUUCAGGCAGCCCAGAGGGGGGAUCAGAAAGCACAGAAAACCGAAGUGAAUUCCUUGAGAAACUGCAAAGAGCCAAGUCUGCUGUGAGGCCUGGCAGUCCUAGUCAGCCUGUCCUCUCAGCACCAGGACCAGCACGGCUAGUCAUUGGAAAUUGGUCACUUCAGUGCAAAAAGGAAGGUGAACUUCACAUCCAUAAUUCUGAUGGCCAGCAGCAAGCAACUAUUCUACGGGAAGAUCUGCCUGGGUUCAUUUUUGAAAGUAACCGCAACACCAAGCACUCCUUCACUGCUGAGACCUCCCUUGGGCCUGAGUUCCAUGCUGGAUGGACAGGCCGGCGAGGAAAGAGGUUCAGGUCAAAAGUUGAAGCCAUGAAACAGAAGGUGAAGGGUUUAGCUCAAGACAUAUAUGAAAAAUAUUUCAAGGCUGCACAGACACAACCUCGUGGAGUUGUUGCAAAGUUGGGCAACAUUGUGGCACAGAUUGAGAGAGCAUGCCAAAAACAGACAAGUAACAAAGGAAGCAGUGAGUGGUCUGAAAUCUUGCGCACAGCUGUGGAGGACUUGGUGACCAUCUUGCAUGAAGAGAGCACUGUGUCAGCUUAUGAGUUGCACUCAUCAGGAUUGGUACAAGCACUGCUCACUCUGCUCAGCCCAGACACCACCCACCACUUCCAUGACGAUAACAGACAGGUGUCUCAGAGGAGGGUCAAUAAAAUGAUCAAGCAACGGCGUAAUGUCUUCAAAAGCUGCUUCAUGGACAAAGUAGAUGAAGAAACAGCCUCCACCAGCACGUCUGUCACUCCUGGUACUCAGCUGGUUCGUAAGCUGGUCUCAGUACUAGAGGGUGCUGAGAAGCUCCCACUCUACAUAUAUGACAUCCCAGGAGCAGGUUCAGGUCUGCAGGUUCUCAGCAGACGUCUUCGUUUUAGGCUGGAAAGGGCCCCAGGGGAGAGUUCCCUUAUUGAUAGAAAUGGAAGGACAUUAAAGAUGGAGCCACUUGCCACAGUGGAGCAGCUGGAGCGGUACCUCCUCAAGAUGGUGGCCAAGCAGUGGUAUGACUUUGACCGCUCUUCAUUUGUCUUUGUGAGGAAGUUGAAAGAAGGGCAAAAGUUGACCUUCAAGAACAGCAGAGAGUUUGAUGAGAAUGGAAUCAUCUAUUGGAUAGGGACAAAUGCCAAGACUGCAUAUGAAUGGGUGAAUCCAGCUUCUGUUGGACUAGUUGUAGUUACAUCCAGUGAAGGCCGCAACCUUCCCUACGGCCGCUUGGAAGACAUUCUGAGCAGAGAUGCUUCCGCCCUCAAUUGUCACACUAAUGAUGACAAGCGAGCAUGGUUUGCCAUCGACCUUGGAAUCUGGUUCCUUCCAUCUGCAUACACCCUUAGGCAUGCACGAGGCUAUGGCAGAUCAGCUCUUAGAAACUGGUUGUUCCAAGUGUCAAAGGAUGGUGUAAGCUGGACCACCUUGUACACCCAUGUGGAUGACUGUUCACUCAAUGAGCCAGGCAGCACCCACACAUGGAGCAUUCAGCCUCCUCCUGAAGAAAAGACUGGUUGGAGACAUGUGCGUAUCCAGCAGACUGGCAAGAAUGCCUCUGGCCAGACCCACUACUUGUCAUUGUCAGGCCUGGAGCUGUAUGGCAUAGUUACUGGUGUCUGUGAGGAUCUAGGCAGAGCAGCAAAAGAGGCAGAAGCAAAUUUGAGAAGACAGAGGCGUCUUGUGAAGUCACAGAUGGUAAAGUACAUGGUGGUGGGGGCACGGGUGGUACGAGGCCUGGAUUGGAAGUGGAGAGACCAAGAUGGCAACCCUCCCAGCGAGGGCACUAUUACUGGGGAGCUGCACAAUGGCUGGAUUGAUGUGACAUGGGACCAUGGAGCCUCCAAUAGCUAUCGAAUGGGAGCCGAGGGGAAGUAUGACUUGAAACUGGCACCAGGCUAUGAUCCAGAGUCCCCUCAGGUAGCAAGUGUCACUAGCACAGGCACUAGUUCCACUAGCAACACAGCUGCCUCCUCUGCACCUCAGUCCUCAGUCACCACUAUAUCCACCACUGUCAGAUCUACUAAGUGUUUACCCCAGCUGCACGUGGCUGGUCAACUGACUAAUGCAGAAAGUGAGAGACUGCUGAGACAAGGGCGUGGCCCACCAACUUGCUAUCGGACAAACCUUCAGUAUUGUGGACUAUUGUCUGAUGUAUCAAGGGUUGUGAGCACAGAUGUGACACAGGGAACCAGCGUGCUGACCAGCCGUAAGUGCAGCUCCACACCCUCACUACCUCAAGCUACAACAGAAAUUCACAAACACUCAGUUGCAGCCUCAGAACAAGCAGCAUCAGAUGAUAAUCUUACUGCCAAAGCUGCUGAGACUGUAGCUGAAAAUGUAUUGAGUGUGGCCAGCGCUGAGGCUCUGCUGAGUGUUGAGAGCAGUGGGCGAGACAAAGGGUCUGAAUUAGCAUCUCUAGUACAAUCCCUCAGCCUAAAUGAACGUGAUCUCACAACAGAUUUCUCCGAUGCUAUGUCCUCCUUGGAGUCUGUGCUCAAUACCUCUGAAAUCAAAUCUGGUACGGGUGAUAUGAGUGAGGCUUUGACUGUGAUGGAGGUGGGAUUGCAUCCAGUGGCAGACACCAAAUCAGGGUCUGUGGGCCAAGUUGGGAAUGUUCCAGCUGUGACUGUAAAUGAAGAAAAGUUUGGUGAUAUCAGCAGUAUAGGGAUAAGUGGCAGUGUGAGCAGCAGCAGCAGUAUUGGGGGCCUCACCAGCAGCAGCAGGAAGCGUUGUGGGGGUGUAGUGAUGGGUGAGGGUAAAAGGGACUGCACUGGCCGCUCCACCAUGUCCUCACAGCCCAUGAGUGUUAGUGUGCCCAACCUGACCAGUGCUGACUCUGAGCCAUUGACACACAGUCUACUGGAGACCUUUGCUCAGGUGGCCAGGAGACGGGGGGGGUCAGCUACCAUGCCCACGGCCUCUGGGGUGUGUGGUACAGGGGGGAUGGCUCCCCAUGCUCCUAAUGUGCCUGCUAGUGUCAGUAAUGUACGCACAGGGCUGGGUCAACUGAUAGGUGGGCCACCCCCAAGCCUGGCCCACCCAGUGUUCUCGCCCUCCACCCACUCCAUGUCCAGUCUGGUCCGUCUGGCCCUCUCCUCACACUUCCACCUUCCAGGGCCAGGUCCAUUGAGUACAGCCCAGAGCUACCCAACCCUCACCUCAGGCACCACCUCCACCACUUCCACCACAGCUACAGGAGUUGCUGCCACCUCCACACCCAAUCAACCCUCCACCAACCUCUCCUCCUUCCCUCAUGGCCUCACUAUGAGUCUCACCUCUACAUCAAGUGACUCGGAGCAAGUCAGCCUUGAGGAUUUCCUGGAGAGUUGUCGGGCAAGCACUUUGCUGGCUGAGUUGACUGAUGAUGAGCUUCCUGAUCCAGAUGAAGAUGAAAAUGAUGAUGAUGACAAUGAUGAAGAUGAUGAAGAUUAUGAGGAGGAGGAGGAAUGUUAUGAAGUAACACAGGUUCGAAAUGGGAAGAGGAGAGGCUGGGAUGAUGACUUUGUUAUAAAACGGCAGUUCCCAGCAUUGAUUCCAGCAUUUGACCCUCGACCCGGCCGUACUAAUGUUAACCAAACUCAAGAUCUUGAGAUUCCAGCACCAGGAAGUGAAGACCAGUUGUGUGACACGCCCAGUGAGGUGGUGAGCGGGCCACGCCUCACUCUCACCCUCCGUGGUCCCAACUUGCCCGGCAUCCCUGAUGUAGAUGUUCCAAUAACUGACAAGAACUCCACUAUCUUCACUGCCGUCCAGACUUUAGUCCAUGCUGCAAACUUUCCCUCCCGACAAGAGAGACUUCGGCGCAUUUGGGAACCAACUUAUACGUUAAUAUAUGGAGAAGCCCGAGAAGAUGAAGGUAGUGAAGGGGAGUCUCCGGGAGUACAGCUUCUCAACAGGCGCAAUUCUCGGACCAACAUCUUGACUGAAGCUGGUGGUGGCCCUGCUCAGGCUCCAGCCACAUUUACCACUGGAGACCCCUCAGUGGAGGAUGUACUGCAGCUGCUCCGUCAGCUGUACAUCCUGGCACAUGAGGAUAAAGCAUUGCAAGACAAAUCAGUUCAAGCUGUGGAUGCAUUUGGUGUUCGAAGAGAAGAAUUUGAAUCAAAGAAGAUUGGAAAUAAACUUGUCCAGCAGGUUGGUGAAGCUGUGGUGCUGGCUUGUGGUGCACUGCCUUCCUGGUGUGAAGACCUCACCUAUGCCACACCCAUGCUCUUCCCAUUUGACACCAGACAUCUUUACUUCAACUGUACAGCAUUUGGUCCUGAAAGAUCAUUAGUGUGGUUGCAAAGCCAGCGGGAUGCAAGUGUGGAGCGCCGGGGGGGCCUGAGGCGGGAUGAUCCUCAUGAGUACCGUGUUGGUCGCCUUAAACAUGAGCGGGUGACUGUUCCCCGUGGCCCAGACCUCCUCCAGUGGGCACAACAGGUGAUGAGGGUGCAUGCCAGUCGCAAGUCCAUACUUGAAGUAGAGUUCCGGGAAGAGGAAGGGACUGGCCUGGGUCCUACCUUGGAGUUUUAUGCUCUUGUAGCUGGGGAGCUGCAGAGGGCAGACUUAGCCAUGUGGAUCUGUGAUGACCAGACAGCUGACCCCAUAACACCCCCAGCUCUAGAUGGAGGGAGUGGCACUGUAGAUCUCCAAAAGAGACCACCAGGAUAUUACAUUCUUCGACAGGGAGGCCUCUUCCCUUCCCCUCUUCCACAGGAUAGCACUAUUUGUGAUAAAGUUGUUGAGUUGUUCCACUUCCUAGGGGUCUUUUUAGCUAAAACUUUACAGGAUAACAGGCUUGUAGACCUGCCACUGUCUCGACCUUUCCUCAAGCUCAUGUGUCAUGGUGAGUUUGCAAAUGUGAAGGACCGAGGCUUAGCAGGCAGCUCAGUCAAGCCUAGAGGAGGGUUCUCAUCAUUACCAAUGGAGGAAGAUCUCAUGACCUCCUCCAUAAUUAGUGAAGAGAGUGAGAAGGAACUGGAGUUGGAUCCUCCCAAGUAUCGCAUCACAGACACCCAACCCUGGUUCAGUGGAUUGCUGACAUUGGAAGAUCUCUGUGAAAUUGACUCUGUUAGAGGAGGAUUCCUACAACAGCUCAAAGCUCUUGUAGCCUUAAAGCAACAGAUUCUCAAUGACACCAUUCUCUCAGAAGAUGACCGUCGCCUUCAGCUCCUUAACCUGACCCUUCCAUCAGUCCCAGGUGGCCAGGGGGCUGAGCUACCAGCAAUCAGACUGGAGGAUUUGUGUCUGACUAUGCAAUAUGCUGCUCCUUCCAAGCAUGCUGGUUACAGUGCAGUGGAGUUGCGAUCAGGAGGAGCAGACCAAGAAGUCACUCUAGCUAAUGUGGAGGACUACAUAGAUCUCACCCUGAACUGGGCCUUAGAAGCUGGCAUAAGACGACAGAUGGAGGCUUUCCGUGCAGGUUUCUCUCAGGUGUUCCCCUUGAAAAAACUGGGUGCCUUUAGCCCAGAUGAACUGAGACUUAUGCUUUGUGGUGAUCAGGCUCCUGUAUGGAGUCGUGAGGACAUCCUGGCAUAUACAGAACCCAAGCUGGGAUACACCAGAGACUCACCAGGGUUCUUGAGACUUGUCAAUAUUUUGGUUGGCCUUACAGCUGAGGAACGCAAGGCUUUUCUGCAGUUCACCACAGGCUGCUCUUCCUUACCCCCAGGUGGCCUUGCUAACCUCCAUCCCCGUCUCACUGUGGUGCGCAAGGUGGAUGCUGGAGAUGGCUCAUACCCAUCAGUCAACACUUGUGUCCAUUAUCUUAAAUUGCCAGAUUACUCCUCAGAGAAAAUAAUGAAGGAGAGGCUUCUUGCAGCAACACGGGAGAAGGGCUUCCAUCUUAAUUAGUGAGUGUAACAGUGUGUAUGAUAGGAUCAGAUGAACAAAACAGUCACUGAAAAUGUAAAAAUGUGAUUCUUAAAUCUUAUUCAUAUACAUUUUAUCAAAAAAAGUAUAUAUAUAAAUAUAUAUAUUAUAUUCUCUAUCAUAGACAACAGGAUUUAAGUUUUAAUUAUUGGAGGAUUGUAAUCAGAAUGCAAGUAAGAUACUGUGGAGACAAGUAUUUGGGAAGAGUAUGUUACACUAUGUGUAAUGAUCACAUUAUUAUUCUCUUAACUUGAAGGAAAACAGAUCCUUCAAAAAGGUCCAAGUGCAAAUUAUAUUCCUGGUAUAAGAUUUGAGGAGUCCAUUAUAUCAAAAUAUAAUUUGAAAACAGUACAGAAUACAGUGUUGUCUUAAGAGAAUUUUAAGUAUAAUUCAGGAAGUGUCCUUUAUCUAUAGCUUUGCAUUUUUAAAGCCUAUUAGUGAGGAUGGGAAAAAAUUGUGUUUACUUUUCUAACUGAUCGAUUCAGAGAACUCUAUCUUCUAAAUUGUAGUACUAUAUAUAUUGCUAAGUUUCUGUAUAUAUAUAUAUAUAUAUAUAUAUAUAUAUAUAUAUAUAUAUAUAUAUAUAUAUAUAUAUAUAUAUAUAUAUAUAUAUAUAUAUAUAUAUAUAUAUAUAUAUAUAUAUAUGGAACAUUCAGUCAGUAACUUAAAUAAAACCGGAUAUUUUUGGGCCAAGAAACUGUUGGUACCUAUAUGAAUUAUAUGACUAUCAGAAAGCUAAUUUUUUCCUGAGGAGCUGGUGUAUGAAGUGUGUAAAAAAAAAAAUCAUAUUUCCCUAUUAUUUUCCCCCACUUUUGUUUUGUCUUGACAUGUAGUCAUCAUGUGUAGGCUCACCAUGGCCAGUUGUUUUAUGUUGUCACUAUUAGCUUAUGUCUUUCUGUGAUACUGGUGUGAAGGCAUUGCGUAGACAGCAACAUGUACAUACUGUAAUAAAUAAAACACAAGCAUGCCACUGUUAGUCAUGUUGAUGUAACCAAUAAACAUUCAGGAUUUGAAGAGAA